UAGCCACUCGCCGGGCAGCCCCUCCUCCACAGUGCCCCUACCCAUUACCACCCCUCCUAUCCUACCGAGCUAGCCAUAGCUUUCUUUCCUCCUCCUGCUACUGAUGUGCAAGUACUCUUCUCUCUCCCUAAAGCGCGAGCGCGUGUGUGUGCGCGCCUGUGGAGCCUGUGACUGGAGUACUCCUCAGUCCUGACUCACUGGCACGCACGCACGCACGAGCGUCGAGCGGGGACGCCCGGCCUGCGGCAGGCAGCUGCUACAAAGGGGGAGCAGAGAUCCAGAGCUCUCGGUCGGUCGCCGUCUGCCCGUCUGCUAGCUGCUUGCUCUCGCUCUCGCUUGCCAUUAAUUGCCCGGCCGCCAUUGCUGCUGCUACCGCGCGUGCUACGUAAGUUACCUAGCCGGCUAGCUAGCUAGAGCGCGCGCCGGCGGCCGGCCGGGAGCUAGCAGGUAGCUGCCUCGCGUGCCGUACGCACGUGCUGUGUGGAGAGCCUGAUCUGGAUGCCCCGCCUCCCUGUUGGCACCCUGUGCAUGCGCUGCUCUUCUUCUUUUUCCACGGCGAUGGAGCGCCUAAUUGUGUGCCGCCGGAACCGGGGCCUCGCCGUCUUCGCCGCAAUCAUCGUCCUCUUCUUCUCUGCGACCAUUGCUGUCACGGAAGGAAGGCCAACCCGUCGUGUGCCCACGACGGUGCCGCUGCGGCACAUGAGGAAGACAGGCUCAUCCCCAUCGGCGCUUCUGAUAAGGGGAAGCACGUCGUCGACAGACGCCGACGACGCGGCCGCGGCGGGUAGUACUCCUCGACGGCGUCUGGCGGGUCCCGGUUCGUCGCCGCCGACGUGCCGGUCGCGGUGCGGGCGGUGCACGCCGUGCCGGGCGGUGCGCGUGGCGAUCCAGCCAGGGAUCGGCACCCAGUGGGAGUACUACCCGGAGGUGUGGCGAUGCAAGUGCGGCAGCAAGCUCUACAUGCCCUGAAAACGGCUGAAAUUAACGGGCAUGCAUGUUCAGUUGUUUGCUGCGUCAGCGCGCGGUUUGCAUAGUUUUGAAAGGGAUCAAUCCAGUACAAAAGAAAAGAGAUCUAAAAGGUUAAGGCCAUUUUAGCUAGCUAGCAAGGCGUGUGUGUGUUUGUGUGGAUGUGUGAUCGGUAAGUGCGUACGUGCGGCAGGUUGUGUAAGCUGCUUGUAAUGCGCGCUGUGUAUAUGCAUGCAAAUGAUAAUUAGUGUAAGACCUAAAUUAAUUUUACUUGUGUUAACUGAUGCCAUACAUACAUGUUGGUACUGAUAAUGUAAUGGGCUUUCCAAAAA